GAGCGGCGACGGAGUAGUGAGACGCGCGGGGUGAGGCUGCAGCUAACUCCGCUUUCCGCGCACUCGGCUGCCCAGGCGCUCGGGACGCAGCAGCGGCGCUUCUCCGCGGGGCCCAACGCCCGCGAUGCCCGCUUAGGAGCGUGCGGCAGCGGCUAGCAUCGCCCCACCAGCGCGGCACAGCCCUCGCGGCGGCCGAGCGGGGCUAGAGCCCUGCACCCCCACCCCGCCCCCCACCCUGAAAUGACUUGUUAAUCGGAGCAGACACCACCGAAGGCGCUCAGCGGAGUGGAACCCAAGUGGAAAUUGGAUUUGGCGAAGAGUUUCUUGAACAUUUACUCCUUUCUUGUUGGCUUUUUUCCUCCUUUCUUUUUUUUCCCCCUCCCUCCCCUUCUCCGCCUGUCAUUGGAGAUGAACACAGCGCGUUUGCAUCCCAGAAAGUAGUCGCCGCGACUAUUAGCCCCCAAAGAGACAAGCACACAUGUAGGAAUGACAAAGGCUUGCAAAGGAGAGAGCGCAGCUCGCGGCCCGGAGAGAUCCCCCUCGAUAAUGGAUUACUAAAUGGGAUACACGCUGCACCAGUUUGCUCCCAGCCCCGGUCGCCUGCCCGUCGAUGCACCGAAAAGGGUGAAGUAGAGAAAUAAAGUCUCCCCGCUGAACUACUAUGAGGUCAGAAGCCUUGCUGCUCUAUUUCACACUGCUACACUGUGCUGGGGCUGGCUUCCCAGAAGAUUCUGAGCCAAUCAGUAUUUCGCAUGGCAACUAUACAAAACAGUAUCCGGUGUUUGUGGGCCACAAGCCAGGACGGAACACCACACAGAGGCACCGACUGGACAUCCAGAUGAUUAUGAUCAUGAACCGAACCCUCUACAUUGCUGCUAGGGACCAUAUUUAUACUGUUGAUAUAGACACAUCACACACAGAAGAAAUUUAUUGUAGCAAAAAACUGACAUGGAAAUCUAGACAGGCUGAUGUAGACACGUGCAGAAUGAAGGGAAAACAUAAGGACGAGUGUCACAACUUUAUCAAAGUUCUUCUAAAGAAAAAUGAGGAGACCCUGUUUGUCUGUGGAACUAAUGCCUUCAACCCUUCCUGCAGGAACUAUAAGAUGGAUACUUUGGAACCUUUGGGGGACGAAUUUAGUGGAAUGGCCAGAUGCCCUUAUGAUGCCAAACAUGCCAACGUUGCACUAUUUGCAGAUGGAAAACUUUACUCGGCCACGGUGACUGACUUCCUUGCUAUCGAUGCAGUCAUUUAUCGGAGUCUUGGAGACAGCCCAACCCUACGAACUGUCAAGCAUGAUUCAAAAUGGUUGAAAGAACCAUACUUUGUCCAAGCCGUGGAUUAUGGAGAUUAUAUUUACUUCUUCUUCAGGGAAAUAGCAGUCGAGUACAACACGAUGGGAAAGGUCGUUUUCCCACGGGUCGCUCAGGUGUGCAAGAAUGACAUGGGAGGGUCGCAGCGCGUGCUGGAGAAGCAGUGGACCUCUUUCUUAAAGGCGCGCCUCAACUGCUCCGUGCCUGGAGACUCUCAUUUUUAUUUCAACAUACUUCAGGCGGUCACAGACGUGAUUCGUAUCAAUGGCCGUGAUGUUGUUCUGGCAACCUUUUCCACACCUUAUAACAGCAUCCCUGGCUCUGCCGUCUGUGCCUAUGACAUGCUCGACAUUGCCAGUGUUUUCACCGGGAGAUUCAAGGAACAGAAGUCUCCGGAUUCCACCUGGACCCCGGUACCCGACGAGCGUGUGCCUAAGCCCAGGCCGGGGUGCUGCGCCGGCUCAUCCUCCUUAGAAAAGUACACGACCUCCAACGAGUUUCCAGAUGACACCCUGAACUUCAUUAAGACACACCCCCUCAUGGAUGAGGCCGUACCUUCCAUCAUCAACAAGCCGUGGUUCCUGAGGACCAUGGUGAGAUACCGCCUGACCAAAAUCGCUGUGGACACUGCCGCUGGGCCCUAUCAGAAUCACACUGUGGUUUUUCUGGGAUCCGAGAAGGGAAUCAUCCUCAAGUUCUUGGCCAGGAUAGGAAACAGUGGUUUCCUCAAUGACAGCCUUUUCUUGGAGGAGAUGAGCGUUUACAACCCUGAAAAGUGCAGCUAUGAUGGCGUAGAGGACAAGAGGAUUAUGGGCAUGCAGCUGGACAAAGCCAGCAGUGCUCUGUUCGUCGCCUUCUCCACCUGUGUGAUCAAGGUUCCCCUCGGCCGCUGUGAACGACACGGGAAAUGUAAAAAAACCUGUAUUGCCUCCAGAGACCCGUAUUGUGGGUGGGUCAAGGAAGAUGGUGCCUGCGCCCAUCUGUCACCCAGCAGCAGACUGACUUUUGAACAGGACAUUGAGCGAGGCAAUACAGAUGGCCUGGGAGACUGCCACAAUUCCUUCGUGGCACUCAAUGACAUUUCAACUCCUCUACCAGAUCAUGAAAUGUCUUACAACACAGUAUAUGGGCACUCCAGUUCCCUCUUGCCGAGCACCACCACGUCAGACUCGGCGGCUCGCGAGGGCUUUGAGUCUAGGGGAGGCAUGAUGGACUGGAAGGAUCUGCUCCACUCACCGGACAGCACAGACUCUUUGGGGGCAGUGUCGUCCCAUAAUCACCAAGACAAGAAGGGAGUGAUUCGGGAAAGUUACCUCAAAGGCCACGACCAGCUCGUCCCGGUCACCCUCUUGGCCAUCGCGGUCAUUCUGGCCUUCGUCAUGGGGGCCGUCUUCUCGGGCAUCGUCGUCUACUGCGUCUGCGACCACCGGCGCAAGGACGGCUCGGCCGUGCCGCGCAAGGACAAGGAGCUGGCGCACUCCCGCCGCGGCUCCAUGAGCAGCGUCACCAAGCUCAGCGGGCUCUUCGGCGACGCGCAGUCCAAGGACCCCAAGCCCGAGGCCAUCCUCACGCCCCUCAUGCACAACGGCAAGCUGGCCACGCCGGGCAGCACGGCCAAGAUGCUCAUCAAGGCCGACCAGCACCACCUGGACCUGGCGGCGCUGCCCACGCCCGAGUCCACGCCCACGCUGCAGCAGAAGCGCAAGCCCAGCCGCGGCAGCCGCGAGUGGGAGCGCAACCAGAACCUCAUCAACGCCUGCACCAAGGACAUGCCCCCCAUGGGCUCGCCGGUGAUCCCCACGGACCUGCCCCUGCGGGCCUCCCCCAGCCACAUCCCCAGCGUGGUGGUGCUGCCCAUCACGCAGCAGGGCUACCAGCACGAAUACGUGGACCAGCCCAAGAUGAGCGAGGUGGCCCAGAUGGCGCUGGAGGACCAGGCCGCCACCCUGGAGUAUAAAACCAUCAAGGACCACCUCAGCAGCAAGAGUCCCAACCACGGGGUGAACCUGGUGGAGAACCUGGACAGCCUGCCCCCCAAGGUGCCCCAGAGGGAGGCCUCCCUGGGGCCCCCGGGCGCCCCCCUGUCCCAGAACGGCCUGGGCAAGCGACUGGAGAUGCAUCACUCUGCCUCCUACGGGCUGGACUAUAAGAGGAGCUACCCCACGAACUCGCUCACGAGAAGCCACCACCAGGCCGCCACGCUCAAAAGAAACAAUACUAACUCCUCCAAUUCCUCCCACCUCUCCAGGAACCAGAGCUUUGGCCGGGGGGACAACCCGCCCCCCGCCCCGCAGAGGGUGGACUCCAUCCAGGCGCACGGCUCGCAGCCGGCGGGCCAGGCCGUGACUGUCUCCAGGCAGCCCAGCCUCAACGCCUACAGCUCCCUGACACGCGCCGGGCUCAAGCGCACGGCCUCGCUAAAGCCCGACGUGCCCCCCAAGCCCUCUUUCGCUCCCCUUUCCACCUCCCUGAAGCCUAACGAUGCGUGUACAUAAUCCCAGGGGGAGGGGCCAAGGGUUGAACCCGCAGGAAAGGCGAGAGAGACGCCGGCUCAGCUCAGCGAGGUCCUCCACGGCCUGCGUACCCGCCAGACCCAGACGGCCUGUGCCAGCGUCAGCGCCCUGGGCCUCCCCUCCGGGACCCCCGGCCCUCCGGAAAAUCUCGCCACGGGGUGUGGAGGUUUGUGACCGACUCACCUCCGUUCACUACCUUCACGCUCCCCGACACCCUACACUACUAGGUCGGAAUCACAAAAGACUUCAAAGGAUCAUCACAGACAUGAGCCAAAAGCACACCCCCAACACACACACACACAAACACAGACACACACACAGACACACACACACUACAUCACUCCCAGGGGUGAACAGCCACUCGAAUAUUUUCUCCAUGACCACACAGGGCGCUGCCAAAUCGGGCUCACCCUCCAAGCCGCAAAAACACUACAUUUUUUUUUAAAUCAUGAAAAUUAAAAAGACAAAAAAAAAAAGAAUUCAUUGAUAACUCUAACUCAGAUUUUAACAAUGGCAGAAGUUUACUAUGCGCAGAUACUGUGAAAUGCCCACCAGUGUUACAGCUUUCUGUCCUAGCAGAUGAAUGCCAUGUUGGGCCAUGAUGUCGAUGUCGUAGAUUUCUGCUCCUCCUCCUUUUAAUGAAAUAACGUGACCGUUAACGCAAGUAACUCUUUAUUUAUUGUUCACCCUUGUUCUCCUUAAGGAAAGGACUCAUCCACAUGCCAUCCUAUGAACAGCUCUUCAGAAAACCCAUUGAAAAAGUUAAAACUAUUUAACGUGAAAUCCAUUAACUGGAAUAAUUGAGUUUCUUUAUUUUUACAAUAAAUUCACUGAGUAAAUAAGUUGGA